AUGUAUUCUUUGUGGAAAAAAGACACAUCCAACAAUAAUACAUCUACGAGGAAUAAAUGGAUAAAGAGACUUGUGCUCUAUGUUAUACUUGCCACGCUUAUAUGGAAUGUCACCAAUUACGCACUUGUCGAUUAUCAAGUUGACGAGAGAAUUGGCACCCCAGUAAUAUACACACAAACGAUUACGCGCACAACCGUCUACAUUCUACCAACAGAAUCGCCCCCACCACUUGAUAAUGUCGACAUCCCACCAAAUGAUCCUAAUACUAAUAAUGAUAACACUGACGUUCCGGAAAUAGAAAGUGAUUAUGACAGCUCAGGUCCUGAACUAUCUAAAGAUGAACUCGUAAACUUGAAAUACUGUAAAAGCACACAAUGUAAAUUUGUACUCGCCUACAAACACUCAGAACAAGAAUCAAAGGCACAGAUGCACUUCAGGUCGAUCGUUGGUCUCGCUUUACUCCUCAAUCGCACCAUUGUCCUUCCAAAUGUAAGUGGGUCUCGUAUUGGUGCAUGCCGAUCACACCCGUUCAAUUAUUAUUACGACAUAGAUGGACUUCGCGAACAGUUUCCUCAGCUAAACUUUAUAUACCUAGCCGACUUUAAAAAGUGGACUACAGAGAGAGAAACAGCACCCACUAUGAAAUUUGUUGAAAUUAUAAGGGAACGAAUUAUUAAGAAAAAUUGGGUAUCAAAUGGGUUUACCGAUGGGGAGAAGCUUCGAAAAAUCUCUUGUCUCGGUGACUGCCAUCCAUUAAUGAUUCCCGGUAAUGUUUCAACUACCAGGAUUGGGUUGUACAAUGGUUGGGCAAGAACGCCCGAAUUAGCAGAAAGGGGACAUUCACUUAUACUCAAUAAUACACAAACAGUAUCUGAAGAAUUCCUUCUUAUCAAUGCUCACUCCUUUGGAUUGCUAUUCCCCACAGAGGCUAGUAAGAAACCAUUGAAAUAUUCUUCUCGUAUAGAAGGACAAGCCAAAUCACUAGCAACGCAUCUACAACCAUAUCUAGCAAUCCAUUGGAGAAUGGAAACCGCCGCGGCUGAGAACAUGCCCGAAUGUGCAGAAAAAUUAGUUGCGUUCGUUGAAAAUUUCAAAAAAAAGCAUUCUAUAGAAAACGUCUAUUUGUCGACCGACUAUCCACUGACUGGAAAGCGGUCACAAUCAAGUACAUUUCAUAAAGUUACUUCAUACCAUCAUAGAGCGAUACAAUAUGUUAAUAAGACUUUACACCCGCAUACAUGGAUUACAUUAGGAGCACUUGGUGGCGCCCAUGAACAUGAGAAUGAACUUUCUGGUGCUGGUGUGAGUGGAAUAUUAGACAAGAUAGUAUGUACUUAUUCUAAUUGGUUUAUCAGAGCUCCGCUUGCCUGUAGGAAGAAAGGAAGUUCGUGGACUUCGAUGGUUCUCCAUAAACGAAUUGGAUUGAGGGAGAGUGGGGCACAGGGGAUUAAAAAUACUAUGGACGAGUGGGCAUGGAAAUAG